AUGUUAGAGCAAGAAGGGAAUGGCUUGUUUGAAAUAUCAGAUUAUGAGCAUGUAGAAGAUGACACUUUUUCUCCCUUCCCACCUCCAGCCUCUCCUGAGAGAGAUCCUGCAGAAGCUGAACCUGAUGAAGAAUUAGGGAGUGGAGCACCUGUUCCUGUACCACCAAAGAGAACAGAUAAAAAGAAUCUACCCAAGCUAGAUUCCACUAGAUUAGCUUCAGAGAGAGGGCUUUCAGCCUUAAGACAUGUGUUUGAUAAGACAAAAUUCAAGGGGAAAGGUCUUUUAGCUGAAGACUUGAAAACACUAACCAGACACAUGGAGCACUGGGCACAUAGGCUAUUCCCCAAACUACAUUUUGAAGAUUUUAUUGACGGAGUUGAAUACCUAGGAAGUAAAAACGAGGUUCAGAUCGGUUUGAAACAAACUCGGCUUGAUCUCCCUAUUGUACAUGAAGAUUAUAUUAGCAAUCAUGAUGAAGCUGAAGAAACUGAUACCCUUGAUUGUUGGGAACUGAACUCAUGGCCUUGCCAGACAAGCACUGUAGUGCGGACAAGCAAUGUUCCACUGAGCCGUCUCCCUGCCCCAGAACAGACAGUUGCUUUUACGGCACUAAUUCUCAAGUAG